CUGCAAAAAGGGGAGAGAUAAAAAUGGCGAACCAACAAAACCAAGCCUCCUUGGAUCAAUCUCAGUUGCAUAGAGAUGCAGCAUCGAACCAAGAACCGAGCCAAAAUGCUAGCUUCUUGGAUCAGCAGGCUAGCGAUUCAGUGAAGACGAUGGCACACGGUGCAGCGGACGUGGCUGGGGGUGCAGCGAGUGGUGUGGCGGGUAUAGCACGAGGGGCGGCAAUGGGAGCGGCAAAUGUAGCCGAGGGUGCUGCCGGAGCGGUGAAAAACACCUUUGGGAGUAACACGCCCUCAAAAUAGAACACCCUAGGGAAGGUGUUUGAUUUCCAUGAAUUCAUAGAAUUAUGUUCAAUUGCCAAAAAUUUUGAUUUAAUGUGCUCUUUACUCCAAAAUAAACAAAAACCACAUCUUUU